UCCAGUGUCGUGGAGUGACUCGUCCGCCAUCUCGCUUUCCUUAUUUGAUUUUUCUUCAACUUCCCCCAAAUUUCUUAAAUCCCUAGAUCUCUCCAUCUACGAAAUCCCAAUACUUUUUCCAAUUCGAAAUCCUUUCAUUGCAAUGGAUUCCUCUCUGGUUGCUGGAACCCUUUCAAUGGUCGCCAACAAUGGCAUCGGCUUCGCUAAAUUCCUCAAUCGCCUCGAUUUCGUUUCCAAUUACUGUAUCUCUGCUACCGAUUCAGUCACUGACCAGAUCUCACCGUCCUCCGCCGCCGGAGCUCUUCAAUUAUCUGCCGCACUUUUCCCCAUCGCAACUAUUGCUCCACCGCCUGUCAAAUCGGUUUCCUACCGAUCGGCAUCUCGGACGUUUCUCCGUAGAAAGCGGCGCACGAAGCGUAGAUUGUAUAGCGGUGAUUCCGAGGGCCGCGAGGAUGAUGGAUUCGCUGGCGGCGAUUUUGAUGGACCGUAUGGUGGAGAUGGCAGCAGUGGCGGUGGUAGAGGUUGGAAUUUCGAUAGAUUUGGGGGAAAUGAUUGGGACGAAUCAUCGUCUUCUUCUUCCUCUUCAAAUCCGGCGUAUUAUUUCGUUUACGAGGUGGUUUGUUGGAUUGCGCUGUCAAAUUGUGUUCAUUUUGCGUUCAAGAAGGUUGUUAGAUUUGCAACUGAAGCAAUGGGGAAUUCCGAAAGGGGGAAAAUGUCCAUGAGAUUGAUCUCCGUUUGUUGAUUGGUACAAAUUCUCUUCUCAUCGAUCAUCCUAUAGAAUGUAAAUCUGGCUAUAAAUCUCUUGAAUUCAAUUGAAAAUUGCUAUGUAUAUAUUUUGUAAAUAAUUCACAUUGUUUAAUAUUUGUAAUUUGGUUCGAAAUUACAUAAUGAAAUCUGUCCCUUAUCAAUCUGAUAA